GGCAAGUCUGAGGAAAUGGGCGUUUUGUGUUGUCACUUCGUUUCAUAACUCCGGUAGAACAAUGUACCGUCAACUGUCUUUCAGCUGAGCUGGUGUUCUAAAUUACGUUCUCUCUCACUGAUGAAUUGCUGAAAGGGGGUUUUCCCUAGCGACGCACGCUGCCAACGAGGAACGAUGGGUCUGUACCUGGUGGAGCCCGUCGUGGCCGUCUACGCCUUCGCCGGCUUCCUGAUGUACCCGCUGGUGCAGCAGUACGUGUACCGGCGGCUGUGGGAGGAGCUGACCAACAGCACCUACCCCGCGGAGGACCAGGGCUCCCGGUGCGGUAACCACAGCAACCACAGCAGCCCUCACGAGGACGUCCAGCGAGCGGCCUCCCUCUUCUCGCUCUACAGCGAGCUGUUCUCCAUGAUCCCCAGCCUCGUGGUCACCCUGGUCCUGGUGGCCUACAGCGACCACCGGGGGCGCAAGAUCACCAUCGUCCUCCCUCUGGUGGGCACGCUGGUCUACGGCGUCUCCUUCCUGGCCAUCUCCUUCUUCCGGCUGAACCUGUACCUGCUGAUCGUCUCCAACUUCGUCAGCUCCCUCUUCGGUGGGCUGGCCACCUUCCUGGGGGGGUGCUUCGCCUACAUCGCGGACCUGUGCGCGGACGGGAAGAGGCGGACCCUGCGGAUGGCCGGGGUGGACAUGGUGAUCGGCCUGCUCUCGGGCGUGUCCUCCCUGUGCUCCGGCUACUUCCUGCGGGCGGCGGGCUUCAACUGGCCCUUCCUCACCUCCGUCCUCAUCCUCUCCGCCAACCUGCUGUACGUGGUCCUGGUCCUGGAGGAGACGGUGGUGGCCCCCCCGGACCCCCCGCCGGCCCCCGAGGACGGCCCCUCCCCCCCCCGCCGCUGGCCCGUGCUGAGGACGGCGCGCAGCGUGUACGGGCUCUUCGCCACGGACGGGCGGAGGCGGAACGCCCCGCUCGUGCUCCUCCUCUUCACCAUCGCCUCCUACGUCUUCGCCAACAUGGGCGGCCUCUCCUCGGUGACGCUCUACGAGCUGAAGGAGCCGCUCUGCUGGAACGAGAUCCUCAUCGGCUACGGCUCGGCGCUCUCCACCGUCGUCUUCCUCAGCAGCUUCGUCGGGGUCACGCUGCUCUCCCGCUGCCUGCCCAACCACGCCAUCGUCUUCAUCGGCCUGCUGUCCGUCAUGGCGGGCCUGGUGAUGAUCGCUUUUGCCGAAACCACGCUGAUGAUGUUCCUCGUCAGGAUACCCAUGCUCCUGGCCAUCAUGCCUGCCCCUGUGCUCCGGUCUAUGAUGUCAGAGAUCGUCUCCAAGUCUGAGCAGGGGGCGCUGUUUGCCUGUGUGGCGUUCCUGGAGAACCUGAGCAGCAACGUGGCCAUCGCCGUGUUCAGCAGCCUGUACGCCGCCACCGUGGUCUGGUUCCCCGGGUUCACCUUCCUGCUGGGUGCCGGACUGUGCCUGGUGCCGAUGGGCCUGCUGUGCGCGGCGGUGUUCAUCAGUCCCGACGAAGCCAAGGAGGCGGAGCCCAUCUUAUCAUCGCCGGAGGAAAGCUAACCCCCGGGGACGACGAACCUCGCGACCGACCCCAAAAAGGGAAAUGGAGAAGCGCGACUCGAGUUUUCUGCUCCUGCGUACGAACCUGGAACCACAUGUGCUUUCACGCGGCAUAGUUU